AUGGACGCAAAAGAAAGACAUCGCGGAAGAAAGAAGCGCAUGGAAGCCAAACAAAAGAACCGGGAACAGACCGGCGUGGAACAGACCGGCGUGGACGCAGACGAAAGGCGGCGCUCGUCUCCAGCGCCCGAGGGAGACGCGCACUUCCUCCUCAGAUGUGUUGGAACGCGGCACCGGGAGAGGAUCCACGAGCGCUUACCUGGCAACCGCGAGGACAAGGAGAGAGCGCGAGAGCGGGGGGCACGACCCGAAACCUCCUCCUCUCGACCCGGGUCGUCUGAACAUGUCCCAGAGAUGGAGGAGAAGAAGCUGAAGCGUAGGAGUCCCAGGACGUCCAGCAGCGGAGCCGGCGUCGCUCCCUCUGGGUCCAUCCGCAAGAGCAGCUCCUGCGGGGGCCGACCUCUGGGCCACACCAUGGGCACCAACUCGAGCCAGAGGAGCCGAGGCCGGAGACCAGGCAAAGACAAAGGGCGCUAUCCAUUCGGCUCGAGGACCCCCACUCAGGGCCCGAGCGCCCCCAUCGUGCAGCACUCGUUCCUCACAGAUGUGUCCGAUGUGCAGGAGAUGGAGAAGGGCCUGCUCAGUCUGCUCGACGACUUCCACUCGGGGAAACUGCAGGCCUUCGGUAACGAGUGCUCCAUCGGGCAGAUGGAGCAGGUGCGGGAGAUGCAGGAGAAGCUGGCCCACCUCCAGUUCGACCUCCACGGAGAGGUGGACCUGAUGCCCGAGGACCAGAGGAAGACCGCCUCCGACAGCAACAUGGACAAACUACUGCUGAACUUGGAGGAGCUGAGUUCAUCCAUCCAGAAACUGAACCUCGCCGACAGCCAGGAUUGUCCCAAGGCAGUCCACCAAGAGAGUCCCAAGGCGGUCCACCAAGAGAGUCCCAAGGCGGUCCACCAAGACUAUCCCAAGGCGGUCCACCAAGACUAUCCCAAGGCGGUCCACCAAGACUAUCCCAAGGCGGUCCACCAAGACUAUCCCAAGGCGGUCCACCAAGAGAGUCCCAAGGCAGUCCACCGAGAGAGUCCCAAGGCGGUCCACCGAGAGAUUCCCAAGGCGGUCCACCAAGACAGUCCCAAGGCGGUCCACUAG